AUGAGCAUAAUUCAGCAUCAGUCUUCGUCUGGUGAUCCUAACUGUCCACAAGUAUUCACAGAUGAAGAAGCAGAACACAUUCGGUUGAAACUUUCGCGUAAAUUAGGUCCCGAGUAUGUAUCCAGAAGAAGCGGUCCUGGAGGAAGCUCCGUAACGUAUAUCGAAGCUUGGAAGGUAAUUGAGCUUGCUAAUGAAGUAUUCGGCUUCAACGGCUGGUCUUCUUCCAUACAAAGUAUUCAUGUGGACUAUGUUGAUGAGACCUUUGACAAUCAUCGCCCUAAAUACAGCGUUGGAUUGAGUGUAAUAUUAAGAAUCACACUAAAGGAUGGAACAUUUCACGAAGAUAUUGGUUAUGGAUCAAUAGAUAAUUGUCGAGGUAAGGCAAUCGCAUUCGAAAAGUGUAAGAAAGAAGGCACUACAGACGCUCUAAAACGGGCUCUAAGAACAUUUGGAAGCAGUAUGGGCAACUGUUUAUAUGAUCGUAAUUACACACAGGCUAUUUCGCGUAUGACUCCACAAAAGAAAACAUUUGAUCGUGAAUCCUUAAUGAGACCCCCGUCAGUAUCAUAUCCUUCGAACCGAACGAAUUACCCAAGGACAAAUGCGACUUCGAGCUCAAAUACAAGCUCAAAUACAAAUAUGAGUCCAUAUACGAAACAAGCGUCCGCCCCCUCUCCCCAGAAACCGAUUACGAACAGAAAUGUCCCCUCAAACGUAUCUACGAAUCACGCACAAAAAUUGCCCAUUAAUACAAAUGAACAAAAACAUGAAUCUGCAGUUACUACAAAUGCAGCACCUCCUCCCAUGCAUAAUACUCACCCAAGAAAGCGUUCUGACACAGAGAUAUACGCAGAUGAGGAUCUUGACACACUGCUUCUGGAAGAAGCCCAAUUAGAGGAUGUUGGAUCACCAAAGCCAGAAGAGUUUGAGAGUAUACUAAAAGCUAUGGAAGAAUUUGAACAAUAA